UACCAUAGCAACAGUGUUAAAAAUCAAAAUGGCGGAUCUUAGGAUAAGUUGGAUCAAGGAGAGGGUGGUUGUGUCCCUUACUUUACCAGAGGAUGGGCUGGUGUUUGACGAACUAUUGAAGAGGGAAGGCGGUAAAGCUAAGAAUGAGCUCCUCUCAUUACUGGAGGGCACUGGAGGAAACUCUGUGACAUUUUAUUCUUUAGUAACUGAAGCAGAGAAAGAAGUUGAAGUUGAAGAAGAUCAGUUAAGAGUUGAACAGCUGGUUAAAGAAGCAGAAGUGGGUCUGGAACCAGAAGUACCAGCAGAAUCUGAAGGACCAGUUGAUGAAAAUGAAGAAGAUGAAAUUGAAACUAAACCAUACACAACAACAACUACUACUGUUAAAAAAGUAAUUGUUAAAAAGGUUAUAGAAGAAGUUCAACUCCACAUGACAGCUGGUGCCUUCAGUCAGGAGAGUGAGACAGUAAUUGGGUUCUAUGUCUCUCGGAUUAACAUGAGUACUCCGGUACCAGUACCUACCACCAUGGAGGAUGCUCAAAGGACAUUACCACGUUACUUUGAAACAGGAACAUGUACCAGUAAACCUUUACAAGCACUGGAAGGUAAACUAAGAUACCUGUAUAUGCCAAUCCUGAUGACCAGUGGACAGAAGAGUGCUGAAGACCAGCUGUUGAAAGAGAAAGAGGAGGAGGAAGAGGAGGAGGUGCGACCUCUGUCUCAUACCCGCUCUAGGGUCCUCCUAAGAGAUGAGCUCCUCAUUAAUGUACAAAAGUUUACCACUCAACUGCAGCAGACCAUACAGCAAGUUGAAGGAGAGAUCAAACUGGAUAUACCUGAAGUAGACAUCACCGCAUCAUCAGAGAGCCUCUCCAGGGACCCUGGACUGGUAUCAAGUCUGGAGACUGCUGUUGACAGCUGGUCUCGUGUGAUUACAAUCACGCUAGAGGAACAGUUUAAGAAGACCCCACCUGGUAAUGGCCCCCUAGCAGAGAUAGAGUAUUGGAAGGAGAGGAAUGCAGCAUUGAAUGCACUCUAUCUCCAGUUACAGACAACAACAGUACAGCACAUUAUAGCUAUACUUAAACUAGCUGGCUCUUCAUCACAAGUGUCCUUUGAAAUAACAAGAGGAGACCUCACUAGGUAUUACGUUGAAGCCAAAGACAACAUAAAGUUUCUAAUGACCCUUGAGAGACACUUUAAGAUCAUAGCUCAUGGAGCUAGUUUUGCUUCUGUAGCUGACACUAUACCAGCCAUGAUGAAUUCACUGAGAAUGGUGUGGGUCAUAUCACGUCACUAUAACACAGAUGAGAGGAUGGUACCGCUAAUGGAGAGAAUAGCAUGGGAACUCUGUGAAAGGGUAGCAAGAAUCAUUGACGUUAAGACAAUAUUCAAGGAGAGCAUUAGUCAGAUAAAGCAGAAGGCAUCAGAGGCCAGAGAAGUAUUGAGAACAUGGAGUCAAUCGUAUCUUGAAGUGAGGAAGAAGAUAGAACAGUCCGGGAGGGAUGCACGCUGGGAGUUUGACCGGAAGAGAUUGUUUGAAAGAACAGACUAUGUGUCUCAGAUAUGCAGUGACAUUUACAGUGUCGUACAGACAAUACAAGAGUUUCAUAAUAUAUUUGGAGCAGAGUUGAAAGCUGUAACUGGAGAUCAUGCACAAAUUGAGAAGGUUUUAGAUAAAGUGGACAGUCUUGUAGUUAACAUAGAGACUGUCAAGUAUGAUCCGUUCCAACCAGCACACAGACAGGAUUGGAAGAACAGUAUGGGUUGGUUUCAGAGAGAAGUGGAGCUUAUAGAAGCUGAAGCUACCAGUUUUAUUAAUCAAUCAUUCCAGUCCCUUCGUUCAGCUGAAGGCGCCUUUGACAUGCUCCACAAUUUUAAGAAUAUUAAAUCCCGUGACACAAUCAAUGCAACAAUGAUGAAGAAAUUUAACGAAAUAUUGACCCAGUUUGAACGAGAGGUUGAAAACAUUAGUCUCCUCUUUCAAGAUCACAGAGAUGACCCUCCUAUAUCAAGGAACCAGCCCCCGGUAGCAGGAGCAAUUAGCUGGUCUCACUCGUUAUUCAUGAGGAUCAAACACACUGUACUCCGGUUCCAGACUAUGAAAGAACUUAUAGACAGUGAAGCUGGGAAAUCUGCUAGUAAAAGAUAUUUAGCUGUUGCCAGGUUAAUUAAAGAAUAUGAAGAUACUUUAUAUCAGAAAUGGAUUGACACUUCAAGUACUAACCUACCAGCACUCCUUAAGAAACCACUACUGGCCAAACCGGAUCAGAUAACCUGUUCACCCUCUUUAUCAAGAGAUAUAUCAAGAGUAUCAUCAAGAUUGGAUCAACCCUUGCCACUCCCUUCUUUGUUGCCUGAUAAUUGUGAAUUUGUUGUUAACUUCUCUCCUGAAUUGGCUGAGGUCAUAGCUGAAGCAAAGUACCUUGAGAAGUUGGGAUUCUCAGUCCCUGACAUGGCAAGGAGCGUGGCACUCCAGGAAGAUAAGUUUGUAUCAUAUCAGGACUCCCUCAACCGCUGCCUUCAGAGAUACCAUUAUGCACUGGAACAACUGGAUGAAGCUGAAAACACGUUACUUGAUGAUCAUGUGAAAGGGCUACAGCGUACACUGAAACCAGGCACCAAGAGAUUGAACUGGAACUCUCUGGGUGUCCAGGAUUAUGUAUCAAGAUGUGAGCAGGCCAUUACCAAGUUUGAGUCACUAGUGAAUCAGAUACAGAAGAAUGCUGGAGAUAUUGAAGAGAGACUCCAACUCAUUGAGAAUGUUACACUGUUCAAGAGCCCACCUCUGAAAGCAGGAUGUACCCUCCCUGAAGCUAAAGAGUACUUUGAGUUCAUAGAGAGUCAGCGUAACCUCAUAUUGAGUGCAUUGGUGAGGAAGUAUCACGGGAUUGGUCCACUGUUGAUAAAGGUGGAGGGACUGGUAGUACAGAGUAAUACUGGACAGUCUCCUAGGCUAAGAGGAUACUACUCUCACUGGGAGAGAAGAGCAUUUGAUGCUAUUGUAAAGAUGGUGAUUAAUAAUUUAUCACAGUAUCUUGACCAAUUGAUGUGUGGUAAACCAUUGUUCAUAGUUGAAGCAUUGCUGUCAGCUCCUGAGAUAGUGUUACACCCACACGCUAAUGAACUGGUCAAACUACUAAUGGCUGCCAUGAGGGAAGUGGUGGAGAGUACAAAGAACUUUCAUCGUUGGUUGGAUGGUUCCUGUAUUGAAGCUCAGUCUCAACACCUUCAAGGAGGAGGUGAUGAGCCAAAGACCUUCACAUUCUUCAGUGACGUGAUGCAGCACCCUGAAGUGAACAGACUGGGUAAUGCUGUGAAGGAUGCCAUCAUGAACGGAAUGAGUAACAUCAUGAACUGCAUUGGACAAUGGAAGAAGUACAGGAUACUCUGGAGACUACAGAGAGACAUACAGGUAGAGAAGUUUGCUCAGCGUAGACCAUCAGUGAUUGAUUUUGAUGAAAGGAUUCAGGUUUACUGCAAGAUACAGCAGGACAUUGCUGACCAGCCACAAGAGAAGGACAUUGAGUUUAUUCACCUUCAGCUCCACCCACUGAUACACAGCUUGAGAGACAACGCUCAGCAAUGGAUCCUGUCCCUUGGAAAGAUACUGAAUGAGAGUACCAGAGAAUCACUUAUUGGACUCAAGAAUGAACUAGAGGGUCUGUCAAAUGAUUUAGAUUGUUUCCCAAAGACACUUGAAGAGUUGAAGUUUGUGCUAGGAGUGAUAUCCAAGAUAAGGUCAAUGUCACUGAGAGUGGAACUGAAGUACAGAGACAUACAAGAGAGGUACAGGACACUACUGAUGUAUAAUAUACCUGUACCUGAGGAAGAAGCAUUGGAAGCUACUGCUAUUAGUGGAGCCUGGGCUGAUCUCACUAGAGUAGCUAAAAUGAAGGACAGGAGCCUUGUGUCAGUUAAGAAGAAGUUCACCAUUAUUACUAAAGAGGAAGUGACUGGGUUUUUACAAAAAACCAGCGACUUUACUUUAAAAUUUAAAACAGAGGGACCCACCACUGUAGGGGAUGACCUGGAUAAAGGGGUCAAGUUAUUGAAAGAGUUCAAAGGUCAGUACCUCAUCAUGGAACAGCAAAGACAGGAACUCACUAAUGCUGAGAAACUGUUUGACCUUCCAAUCACAAUGUACCCUGAUAUGAUUGAAGUGGAUAGAGAACUGAAGAAUAUUGGAAGAGUAUUUGAAAUAUAUGAAAACCAAAAGAAAGCAAGGGAGGACUGGUCGGGAACCUUGUGGGCUAAUCUUGACAUUGAGAAGUUAACUGAUGGGAUUGAAGAGUUCAUGAGGCAACUACGUAAACUACCAAAGGAAAUAAAAGGAAUGGGAAUGUACCAAGUACUGGAGGAGAACAUGAGAGGAUUCAAAGACUCAAUACCUUUGUUUGCUGACCUGAAGAAUGAGGCACUCAGAGACAGACAUUGGCAAAAGUUGAUGGAACUGACUGGAAAGAACUUUGACAUGAAUCCCGAGACCUUUACUCUAGAGAACCUAUUUGCCAUGGAGCUCCACAAUUACGCAGAGACAAUAUCUGACAUUGUGGGAUCAGCCAACAAAGAACUAAGCAUUGAAAAAGGACUGAAUGAAGUGGUAUCAACCUGGCAGACAAUGGAAUUCACCGUACACAAAUACAUGAAGGGUACCCAGGAGCGGGGCUAUGUCCUUGGAACAGUUGAAGACAUUGUCCUCUCACUGGACGAUAACGCAAUGAACCUCCAAAGCAUGUCAGCUUCAAGAUUUGUAGGACCUUUCUUUGAGAAAGUACAGAAAUGGGAGAAAUCAUUAUCACAUAUUAGUGAAGUAGUUGACGUAUGGAUGGUUGUACAAAGGAAGUGGAUGUAUUUGGAGAGUAUAUUCAUUGGAGGAGACAUUAGGGCACAGCUACCUGAAGAGGCAAAGAAAUUUGACAAUAUUGACAAAACAUUUAAAAAGAUUAUGUCUGAUACCUCUAAAAGGCCACUGGUGUAUGAGGCAUGUCAUGCUGAGAACAGACUCCAAGAUCUGGAAAUGUUGAGUGCUGGACUGGAGAAGUGUCAGAAGAGUUUAAACGACUACCUGGACAGCAAAAGGAAUGCAUUCCCACGGUUCUUCUUCAUAUCAGAUGAGGAACUGUUGUCCAUAUUAGGAAGUCAUGAGUGCACCUGUGUACAAGAACACAUGAUAAAGAUGUUUGAUAACAUUUCAUCAUUGAAGUUCACAUCAGGAGGAGCUGGUGAGCCAUUAGCCUCAGCAAUGGUGUCCAGUGAAGGAGAAGUGAUGGACUUUAGAACUGGAGUAGUGGCUGAAGGGAGAGUAGAGGACUGGAUGACUGCUGUACUUAAGGAAAUGAGACGAACUAAUAGAUUGAUCACUAAAGAAUCAGUCUUCUACUACUGUGAUAAGAAAACAAGGAUUGAGUGGAUGUACCUGUAUCAAGGAAUGGUAAUACUGGCCAGUAACCAGGUCUGGUGGACAUGGGAGGUUGAAGAUGUGUUCAGGAAAGUAAAGAAAGGAGACAAGAUGGGAAUGAAGAACUAUGCAAGGAAACUUCACGGACAAAUAGACGCCUUAGUUGUACAAGUGAGGUCCCAGUUGUCUAAGAACGACAGGAAGAAGUUCAACAGUGUAUUGAUAGUUGAUGUACAUAAUAGAGAUAUUAUUGACAGAUUUGUAAGGGACAGUAUAAUGGAUGCACGUGAAUUUGAAUGGGAGAGUCAGUUAAGGUUCUAUUGGGAGCAGGAACCUGAUGAGCUGACAGUGAGACAGUGCACUGGAGCCUUUGGGUAUGGGUAUGAAUACAUGGGACUCAAUGGGAGACUGGUGAUAACACCACUGACUGAUAGGAUAUACCUCACACUCACUCAGGCUCUAUCAAUGAGAUUAGGAGGUGCUCCUGCUGGUCCUGCUGGAACUGGUAAAACUGAAACUGUCAAAGAUUUAGCAAAAGCUCUGGCACUACUUUGUGUAGUAACUAACUGUGGAGAAGGAAUGGACUACAAGGCAGUUGGUAAGAUAUACUCAGGCUUGUGUCAGUCUGGAGCUUGGGGUUGCUUUGAUGAGUUCAACAGGAUCGACAUAUCAGUACUCUCUGUAAUAUCAACACAAAUUAAAACUAUACAGAAUGCACUCAUUAAUAAUCAUAAGAAGUUCCAGUUUGAAGGUGUUGAGAUAUCUUUAGAUUCAAGGGUUGGUAUAUUCAUUACCAUGAAUCCUGGUUAUGCUGGACGGACUGAACUCCCUGAGAGUGUGAAGGCACUCUUCAGACCUGUGGUAGUGAUAGUACCUGAUCUGGAGCAGAUUUGUGAGAUAAUGCUCUUCUCUGAAGGAUUCCUAAUGGCCAAGGUGCUGGCUAAGAAGAUGACAGUCUUGUAUAAACUGGCCAAAGGACAGCUCUCAAGACAGCACCAUUAUGACUUUGGACUGAGGGCACUCAAAGCUGUACUGGUAAUGGCUGGAGAAUUGAAGAGAGGCUCACCUGAACUUAAUGAAGAUGUUGUCUUAAUGCGUGCACUGCGUGACAUGAAUCUCCCCAAGUUUGUAUUUGAGGAUGUUCCGCUGUUUCUUGGACUAAUAUCUGACCUGUUCCCUGGAUUAGACUGUCCUCGGGUGAGGUACCCUAACUUCAACGAUGCUGUGGAAGCCAUUCUACAAGAUAAUAAAUAUAUAUUACUACCACAUCAGGUGGAUAAGGUAGUCCAAUUGUAUGAGACAAUGUUAACAAGACACACCUCAAUGGUAGCUGGUCCUACAGGAGGAGGGAAGAGUGUUGUCAUUAAUACACUAGCACAAGCACAGACCAAACUGGGCCUCUAUACUAGACUGUACACAAUGAAUCCCAAGGCCUGUACUGUCAUUGAGUUGUAUGGUAUGUUGGAUCCAAUCACCAGGGACUGAACUGAUGGACUGCUGUCCAAUAUAUUCCGUGAGGUGAAUAAACCAACUGAGAAGAAGGAGAGGAAGUAUAUACUGUUUGAUGGAGACGUGGAUGCACUCUGGGUGGAGAACAUGAACUCAGUAAUGGAUGACAAUAAGUUACUGACACUAGCCAAUGGAGAAAGGAUACGGCUACAGACUCACUGUGCACUCCUAGUGGAGGUCGGAGAUUUGCAGUAUGCUUCACCAGCUACAGUCUCAAGGUGUGGCAUGGUAUUUGUUGAUCCAAAGAACUUAGGAUAUGAGCCAUUCUGGCUACGCUGGGUUGCUAACUUUGAUGAGAAUGACAGGAAAGAGCUUCAGUCAUUGUAUGAUAAAUAUGUACCUCCUUGUAUAUCACUGAUACUGGAGGGGGUCAUGGAUGGAAGGCAAGGAGAGAAACUAAAGACUAUACUAGCUGUUACUAACUUAAACCUUGUAGCCCAGUUAUGUUACAUGUUAGAUGCUUUAUUACCAAGAGACUCUGGCCUGUCCCUAGGUAUAGGAGCUGAUACUAUACAGUGCUACUUCCUCACAGCACUCUACUGGUCACUGGGGGCUCCACUCAUUGAAGAAAGCAGAAUCAAGUUUGAUACUUACAUUAAGAAACUGUCCAACCUACCUGAGGUGGGGGGAGAGGACCAGAGAGCUGGACCAGGGGAAGUACCCACAUUCCUCCCAACACUGUACGAGUAUUAUUAUGAUGGAACCAGCUCUAAGUGGAUACCUUGGUCUGAUAGAGUCCCAGAGUAUGUUCAUGAAAUUGAGAGGAGGUUUAACGAGAUACUAGUACCGACUGUUGACACUGUCCGUAAUACCUGGGUACUUGAACUGAUGGUAAAGAUUAGGAGACCUGUCGUACUGGUGGGAGAAACUGGGACUUCAAAAACUGCAACAACACAGAACUUUUUAAGAAACCUUAGCCCAGAGUUUACCCUGUUGCUUAAUAUUAAUUUCUCAUCCCGUACUACAAGUAUGGACGUACAGCGAAACUUGGAAGCUAAUGUUGAAAAGAGAACUAAAGAUACUUAUGGACCUCCUCCUGGUAAAAGACUAAUAGUAUUCAUUGAUGAUAUGAAUAUGCCACAAGUUGAUACAUAUGGUACACAGCAGCCCAUUGCUCUUCUCAAGUUGUUGCUGGAGAAAGGAGGUAUGUAUGACAGAGGGAAGGACCUUAACUGGAAGACAUUUAAAGAUAUUGGAUUUAUAGCAGCUAUGGGAAAGGCAGGUGGGGGUAGGAAUGAAGUGGACCCAAGGUUCAUAUCGUUAUUUAGUACAUUCAACGUCACAUUCCCAUCCCACGAGUCUUUAUUCCACAUAUACUCAGCUAUACUGGCUGGAUACCUCAUCCCUUUCAACACUAAAGUACAAUCACUUGCUAAGACACUGACCACAGCAACACUCGAGUUAUACCAGCGCAUAGUGAGGGACCUCCCGCCCACUCCUUCUAAAUUCCAUUAUAUAUUUAACCUGAGGGACCUGUCCAGGAUCUAUCAUGGACUAUCACUGAUUAAACCCGACAGGUUUGACGAUCCUCCAUCUUUAGUUAGAGUUUGGAGGAAUGAAUGCCACAGAGUCUUCUAUGAUAGACUCACCAACAAUAAAGACAGGAAUAUUGUUAAAGGACAUGUGAUAGAACUAAUGCAGGAACAUUUACCAGAUGAGGUGGAGGCAGCCCUCAUUGAUCCACUCCUGUAUGGAGACUACAGGACAGCAUUACAACCAGACCAGCCCAGACUCUACGAAGACAUACAAGACUAUGAUGCUGCUAAAGGACUCUUUGAUGAGAUAUUAGAGGAGUACAAUGAGAAGUACAAUCCAAUGAAUUUGGUAUUGUUUGAUGAUGCACUGGAACAUUUAACAAGAGUUCAUCGGGUUAUAAGAAUGGACCAAGGCCACGCCCUCUUGGUGGGUGUGGGAGGGAGUGGCAGACAGAGUGUCGCUAGGUUAGCUGCCUUUGCUGCUGGCUGUGACAUAUUUGAAAUAACCUUGAGCCGUGGGUACGGGGAGGAAGAGUUUAGAGAGGACCUUAAAUCACUCUACCAUAAACUGGGCAUUGACAAUAAGAAGACUGUGUUCCUGUUCACUGAUGGACAUGUUGCUCAGGAGAGCUUCCUUGAAUUAAUUAACAACAUGCUCACGUCAGGAAUGGUACCAGCACUCUUCCCUGAUGAUGAAAAGGAAGCCAUUAUAGGACAGGUACAUGGUACAUUCAUUACUGUACACGUCAUGUACAUGUACAUGCUGUAGGUUCGUGAUGAGGUACUCAAGGCAGGCCUGCCUCCCACUAGGGAGAGCUGUUGGUCUUAUUUCAUAAGAAAAUGUUCCAACAAUCUUCACAUUGUCUUAUGCAUGUCACCAGUUGGGGAAACCCUGAGGACAAGGUGUCGUAACUUUCCAGGAUUAGUGAACAAUACAUCAAUAGACUGGUUCACUGCCUGGCCCAGGCAAGCACUUCAUGCUGUGGCCAGCCAAUUCUUAGCUGAAAAUGAUAAGAUUCCAGAGGAUUUAAGGCAGCAGGUUGUUGAGCAUGUUGUUCAUGUUCACCUAUCAGUUGGACAGUACAGCAAAGAGUUCCUUGCUAAACUGAGACGUAUCAAUCACGUCACUCCAAAGAACUAUUUGGACUUCAUUAACACUUACACUAAACUGCUACAGGAGAAGGACAAGUUUGUUCAAGACCAGUGCCAGCGAUUGUCAAGUGGUCUUACUAAACUGAUUGAAGCUGCAGAUCAGAUCAAAGUAAUGAAUGAGAAACUGGAGGUACAGCAAGUUGCUGUUAAACAAAAGUCAGAAGCUUGUGACACACUUCUUGAAGAUAUAACUACAAAAACUGAACUAGCCAAAGAGAAGAAGGAGUUAGCUCAGACUAAAAGUAAAGAGAUUGAGGAGCAGAAUAAAGUGAUUGCUACUGAGAAAUCUGAAGCAGAAGCAGCUUUAGCUGAAGCACUACCAGCUCUUAAGGAGGCAAGACUGGCCCUUAGUGAUCUUGAUAAGUCUGAUGUCACUGAAAUAAGAUCAUUUGCAACACCGCCCCCACAAGUACAGGCAGUGUGUGAGUGUGUUGCUAUAUUCAAAGGUAUCAAGGACCCUGAUUGGAAAGCAGCCAAAGGACUCAUGGCUGACACCAACUUCUUGUCUUCUUUACAAAACAUGGACGUGGACGGAAUAUCUGCUGGUCAAGUUGCUAAAGUGAAAGGUCGAAUGGAUAAGUUGGAUUCAGACUAUCAGCGUAUGAAGGAGAUCAGUCACGCUGGAGGUGGUCUGUUCAAGUUCACUAAAGCUGUGCUGGGGUACUGCUUUGUGGCUAGGGAAAUCAAACCAAAGAGAGAGAAGGUAGCACUGCUGGAAAAGAACUUUCAACUGAGCAAAAGAGAACUGGCUAAUAUACAGAAGGAACUGUCAAACAUUGAGAGCCAAUUGGAGGCACUCAAUAAACAGUUUGAAGAAGCAAUGGCUGAGAAGAGAGCACUGGAGGAAGAGGCAGAGAUAAUGCAAAGAAGAUUGACUGCAGCUAGUAAACUGAUAUCAGGACUGAGCUCAGAGAAGGUGAGGUGGCUCGAGGACCUGGAGGAACUUAAAAGAAAGAGACACCAGCUACUUGGAGACUGUCUCCUCUCAUCAGCUUUCCUGAGUUAUGUAGGAGCCUUCUCGUCUGAUUUCAGACACCACAUGUUGAAAGAGAACUGGGAGCAAGACGUUAUUUCAAGAAACAUACCUUUAAGUAAACCUUACAGGCUAGAGGAACUACUCACCAAUGACGUGGAGAUUAGCAAGUGGACUUCAGAGUCACUACCUCCUGAUGAGUUGUCCAUACAAAAUGGUAUCCUGACGACCCAGGCUAACAGAUACCCACUCUGCAUUGAUCCUCAGCAACAAGCACUCACUUGGAUUAGGAAGAAAGAAGAGAAAAAUAACUUAAAAGUGGCUACCUUCAAUGAUUCAGAUUUCCUCAAACAGCUUGAGUUAGCUAUAAAGUUUGGGUAUCCAUUCCUUUUUAAAGAUGUUGAUGAAUACAUAGACCCAGUAAUUGACUCUGUACUGGACAGGAAUGUAAAAGGUUCAGGUGCAAGACAGACCAUUGCUCUUGGUGAUAAGGAGGUUGACUUUGACCCAAGCUUCAAACUGUACUUAAAUACAAAGCUAUCAAACCCGAAAUACACUCCAGCAGUGUUUGGUAGGACAAUGAUCAUAAACUAUACAGUAACUCUUAAAGGUCUUGAGGAUCAGUUGUUGAGUGUGAUAGUUGGACAUGAGAAGAAAGAGCUAGAGGAGGACAGGGAGAGACUGAUACAGGAGACAUCAAUCAACAAGAAACUAUUAAAGGAUUUGGAGGACACACUGUUGAGGGAGCUAGCUACAUCAAGUGGUAACAUGUUGGACAAUGCAGAACUGGUACAGACCCUGGAGGAGACAAAGACCAAAGCUUCUGAGGUAUUUGAGAAGUUGAAAUCUGCCGAACGUACAAAGAAAGAGAUUGAAAUAUCAAGAGAUGGUUAUAGACCAGCAGCUCAAAGAGGAGCCAUACUGUUCUUUGUACUGUCAGACAUGGCAGCCAUCAACACAAUGUACCAAUACUCACUCAACUCCUACCUUGGAGUGUUCAACUAUUCACUGUCUCACUCACUCCCUGACUCACACCUUCCAAAGAGACUAAAGAACAUCAUUGACACACUGACACUCAACGUGUACAACUACGCUUGCACUGGAUUGUUUGAAGUGCACAAGUUAUUGUUCUCAUUCCAAAUGACAAUAAGGAUACAAGAGGAAGAGGAAGGACUCAACAGGGACCAGCUGGACUUCUUUAUAAAAGGAAACAUAUCACUUGAGAAGAGUACAAGACGUAAGCCCUAUGAUUGGUUACCUGACCAAGGCUGGGAAGAUGUCAUUAAACUGACCACUUUAGAUAAAGACGUCUUUGGUACCCUGGCUGAUGACCUGGAGAAGAAUGAAAAAACAUGGAAACAGUGGUUUGAUUUAGAUACUCCUGAGUCAGCAGUAUUUCCCGGUAGAUACUCUCAGGGAUUGACUAACUUUCAGGAGUUGCUCCUCCUUCGCUGCUUUAGAGUUGAUCGUGUUUAUAGAGCAAUCACUAACUUUGUUACUUUUAAAAUGGGAGAGCAAUAUGUGACACCUCCUGUGGUUAAUUUAGAGAAUGUCCUGGAGCAGUCAACCCCACAGUCCCCCAUUGUGUUCAUACUGAGUCCUGGGGCUGAUCCAGCUGGGGACUUGGGGAAACUAGCGGAACUUAAAGGAUUUGGUGGGAACCGAUUCAAGUUUUUAGCAAUGGGACAAGGACAGGAGAAAGUGGCAUUGCAAUUGUUAGAGACAGCCUCCCAACGUGGUCACUGGUUGAUGCUACAGAACUGUCACCUCUUAGUUCGAUGGCUGAUAGACCUUGAGAAAGCACUAGAGGCCAUCACUAAACCACACCCAGACUUUAGACUCUGGCUUACCACUGCCCCCACUCCUGACUUCCCUAUUGGUAUACUCCAGAAAUCAUUGAAAGUAGUGACAGAACCUCCAAACGGUCUAAAGCUAAACUUACGUAAUACUUUCUUUAAGAUACCAUCUCAAGUACUAAAGGAUUGUCCCCACUCGGCCUUCAGACCUCUAGUUUAUACCCUGGCCUUCUUUCACGCUGUAGUACAGGAGAGGAGAAAAUAUGGAACUAUUGGAUGGAAUGUCUCAUACGAUUUCAAUGAAUCUGAUUUUCAAGUGUGUAUGGAUGUACUGAGGACUUACCUUAAUAAAUCCUAUGAGGUUGGAGACACUAAGAUACCUUGGGGCUCACUUAAGUAUCUGAUUGGAGAGGUGAUGUAUGGUGGGAGAGCUAUUGAUGAUUUUGAUAGACGUGUCCUUAAGACUUACAUGGAUGAGUACAUGGGUGACUUCAUUUUUGAUACUUUUCAACCUUUUCACUUCUACCAUGAUAGCACAGUAGAUUAUGUAAUACCUCCUGAUGGAAACAGGGAUCAGUAUCUGGAGACUAUAGAGUCACUGCCUUUGGCCAAUACUCCUGAAGUCUUUGGGCUCCAUGCAAAUGCUGAGAUCAACUAUUUUACAAGAACCACUAAAGACUUGUGGUCCCAACUAGUUGAACUACAGCCUCAAACUGCAGACAGUGGAACUGGAAUAAGUAGAGAUGAAUUCAUUAAUGGAAUAGCAACUGAUAUACAAGCUAAGUUACCAGAGAUAUUUAAAUUGGAUGUGAUUAGGAAGAAGUAUGGGGAAAUGAUAUCUCCCACUACAGUAGUGCUGCUACAAGAAUUAGAGAGAUUUAACAAACUUAUUAAGAAGAUGAGCUCUUCCCUAAGCAACUUACAAAAAGCUUUGGCUGGUGAAGUAGGCAUGAGUAAUGAAUUGGAUGAGUUAUCAAGAUCACUGUAUAAUGGACAGCUCCCAUCAAUAUGGAGGGCAUUGGCUCCUGCUACACUGAAAUCACUUGGUAACUGGAUGGCACAUUUCCUUAGGAGGAACAAGCAGUAUCAGACCUGGGUGAAUGAUGGUGAACCAUACGUGAUAUGGUUAUCAGGACUACAUAUUCCUGAAUCAUACCUCACUGCUUUAGUACAAGCAACUUGUCGUAAGAAUGUCUGGCCAUUAGACAAAUCAACACUUUACACUGCAGUGACUGAAUACACUGACCUAGAGCAGGUGGAUGAGAGGGCUCCUUCUGGCUGCUACGUGACUGGACUCUACCUUGAAGGAGCCUGCUGGAGCGUAUCAAAGAAAUGUUUGAUAAAAUCACCUCCAAAAGUCCUCAUUGAAGAACUGCCUAUUCUAAGAGUAAUACCAAUUGAAGCUCAUCGACUUAAACUAGUGAACACGUACCGUACUCCUGUUUAUACCACAUCACAGAGGAGGAAUGCAAUGGGGGUGGGGCUUGUGUUUGAAGCUGACCUUACAACAGAAGAGCACAUAUCUCAUUGGACGCUUCAGGGGGUGUGUCUACUACUGAACACUGACUAAUAUUACUCUAUCUUCUUAUGUAUCACUUACUCUCAGUUACUGUACUUAUGGACAUUAUUUUAUACUAGACAAGUGUUUAUGGGGCAGAGAGCCCAUCAGUUAUCAGGAUCUCUGGGCCAAAUUAAUUUA